GCGACUAGCGGGCAGAUUCGCCAUUUUUAGAGGGUUUCAUAAUAGUCAUUGGUCGUAUUUUUAAACAAAACAAUAAACAUGGGUGAUUUAAUUCAGUGACUAUUUAUAAUUUAAGUAAUUAGAAAAACCCUUAAUACAAAGUGGAAAUAUUCAAUAAAAAAGCUAUAAAAUAUGUCAAAAACAUAUAACAUGCGUCAGUCAGCUAUGCAGACACGGGAAGACACUUACAGGCUGUCCCCAAACACCAAUCCCCAGUCACUCUGUAACAGUGCUAAUACUCCCUAAGUACCUAUACCAAAAAAAAGUAAAUGACAAUUACAUAGCCUAAGAUGUAUUAGCCUCUUAGGGAGUGACUGAUGGUUAGGAACUAAUUAUGUGCAUAAGAACAAAUUCUUAUGUUCAUACAAGUUCUAGUUCAUGACACAAGGAGUGCAAGACACACAGCAGCAACAUGCAAACCAAGGACCUAAUCUCAAGCAAGAACAGGUUACUGAAAAAUCUUAUCAGGAGCAGAAUAAGUCCAAUCCAAAUAUGGUUGAUACAAAAACUGAAGCAGACAUGGAAAUUACUUCAAAUGGUGAAAAUUCAGAAAGACCUCCGUGGAAGAAGCUUGGAGUAGUAAAGAGGAUCUCGAACAAAGAGCGUCGCCGGCGGCAGAACCAGAGUCUGCGCCGUCUGGUGACUCCCAAGAGCGCUUUGAUGGUGCUCAACGAAAUGGUGUACGGCGCGCCAUUGGACUUCAGAGUGGAUUGCGCUCCGCCAACCGGGUACUACGCAUCGAACAACCCGAGCUUCUGCGCCGAAGUCACCAUUGACGGGUGCAGCUAUCGGGGUUGCGGCGAGACGAAGACGUCGGCCCGGAGCGCGGCCGCCGAGCAAGCCGUGCGAGACAUCAUCAUCAAGAAACUCAACAAGUUCAACAGCCAGGAGAAGUCCAACGAGGCGAAGGAUGGCGAGGAGAAGAUGGAGACGGAAGAGGAGGAGCCCAUGCCGAUGAUCCAGCUGGCGUCGUACGCGUUGCACAAGCUGUUCAGCGAGUGGGAGGGCGAAGGUCAUCGGGUGCCGCAGAUCAGGCCUAACAAUCCCUCCGUAUCGGAAACGGACGUGGACCUCGCGUCUCAAGCCAACGGCCCCCUGCCCCCGAAGCCGAAGAAAGUGAAGACUCUCCCCGAGAACGCUGCGGAAAUGCACCCUUGUAUGCUGCUGUCGUACAUGCGGCCGAUGCAAGAGUACCGGGAGUUGGGGGUGCAGGGCGACCGUCCACAGAACCUCAUCUACACCAUCGGAGUGGAGGUGGACGGCGCCACCUUCAUCGGCCAAGGACCAAAUAAGAAGGAGGCUCGCAAGGACGCGGCCACGUCGGCUUGCAAUUCGCUGUUCGGAGUCAAAUUCCAACAAACAAAGAAUAUUCCAAAUAUGGUCUAGACGUCAGCUAAUUCUUCCUUUCAUUGCAAUAAAACAUAUAAAAUGAUUAA